GAGUCUCAUUCCAUCAUUGACUACACAGACACUCUCUCUCAAGUCUAUAUCCAUACCCUUUGUUUCAUAUAGCCAAAGGAGUUGGACUCUCCAUUGAUUCAGAUCCACUUUUAUAGCUUCUUCCACUAUAAGCCUAUUAAAUUCUCACUCUUUUCCUUAACACAAGAACAAAAACCACAAAAACUUUAACUACAGCUUACUCACAAAAUGAAUACCAACAACAACAGCAACAACUAUAACAUGUCUCCACUCUCUGAUCAUCAAAACAAACCCAUCAUUCAUGAAUUCGAUUUUUUCUCUCUAAAUAAUACCAACCAUGCCUCUACUUCUGCACCCCCCCUUCAUCAUUGCACCCCUUCUUCUCUUACUGAAUCCAAAGUAAACACUAGUUUGAAUCUUCUUACCACAAACACAAGCAGUGAUCAAUCCAUGGUGGAACCUGACAUAUCAAAUAAGUCAGAAGACAAAAGAGAUAAGCUUGAGCUUGAUGUUCUUCAAGCUGAGCUUGAGAGAAAGAAGGCGGAGAAUCACAGGCUGAGGAACAUGUUUGACGAAGCCAAGAUGAAUUACGAGGCGCUGCAAAUGCAUAUGUUGAGUUUGAUGCAGGAGAGAAGCGUAGAGGAUUGUAAAGAAGAGGAACAAGAAGAAGAGAAGCCAAAUGGGAAUGGUGGAGUUUUGAUUCCAAGACAAAUUGUAGAUCUUGCGAAAGACAACGAGGAAGGUUCUAAGGAUGAAGAACUUGUGUUUGAUCCUGACAAAGAGGAAUCUGACCACGAAAAUGAAAGAAAUGAUAGUCAAGUUUUAGCAGCUAAUAAUAAUACUAAUAAUGUUUCAAAUUUCAGUGCUCAAACUAAUGUUGAAGAAGCUGAGGCAACGAUGAAGAAAGCUAAAGUUUCGGUUCGAGCUCGGUCGGAGGCUAAUAUGGUACUUCAAUUUCAUAUUUUGGUUAAAAUAAUGGAAUUUAUUUUUUGGAUUUUAUCUGAUGCAAACCAUUAUUUGUUGUCUCAGAUCAAUGAUGCGUGUCAAUGGAGAAAGUAUGGACAGAAGAUGGCGAAAGGAAAUCCGUUUCCUCGAGCUUAUUAUCGAUGCACCAUGGCUUUAAAUUGUCCGGUGAAAAAACAGGUACAAAGGUGUGCUGAGGACAAAUCAAUAUUAGUAACAACAUAUGAAGGAAAUCACAACCAUGCUUUGCCACCAGCAGCUAUGGAAAUGGUAAAACAAACAUCAGCAGCAGCAAGAAUGCUACUAUCAGGGCCAAUGACAAGUCCUGAUGGACUAAUGAAUUCAAAUUUUCUCACAAGAACAGUGUUUCCUUCUUCUUCAAGCAUUGCAACUAUUUCGGCAUCAGCUCCAUUUCCAACCAUUACAUUGGACUUAACUCAAUCACCAAAUAAUCCAUUACAGUUUCCUACUCAGACAUUGUUUAAUCAGUCAGGAUUUUCAGGACUUCAAAUGUCUCAAGAUGCAGAAACUUCGCAAUCUCAACAGAUAUCACAGAACCUUACAGCUGAUCCUGACUUGACUGCAGUUUUGGUAGCUGCUAUUACUUACAUGAUUGGGGUGGCACAACCAAACGAUAAUGACACAAAAACCAAUAAUAAUAAUGGCAAUGUUAUAUAAGUAACAAUGCCAAUGAAAGCAAU